AUGGCCCAGCUUGAAAUUGGAAUUCUGGCAGCAUUAUGGCAUCAAAUCUUGCAACGAUUUCAGAGAACAAGUCAGAUCCUGCAAUUAGCUGAUCAAGAUCUCAACUCUGCUGUUGCAUUAUAUGAAUCGCUGAUUGAGUUUGUCCUUUCGCUGCGAACCAGAUUUGAAGAAUUUGAAGCCAAAGGAAAGGAGCUCAGUGAAUGUGAUCAAUAUAAAGAAGAGAUCAAGCGCGUGCGUAAACGCAAUCGUUGUAACGACGAGCCAGGAUCAGCACCUGAUUUGUUGCAGAUUCCAGCCGACAAGUUUCGCACAGGUACUUUCCUUGUAAUAAUCGAUAGUCUGGAUGCUGAGUUGCGAAAACGACUGAGUGCUUACAUCAACAUUGCUGAAAAGUUUGGCUUUCUGCGAAAGCUUACAGAUCUGCCAGCUGAAGACGUGUUGGAAAACGCACAAAGAUUGCAAAAAGCAUUUUCCACUGACCUCGAAGUCAAUUUGGGUGAUGAAUUGCUCCAGUUUUCUAGCUUUCUCAACACAGAAUUCGUGAAAAGAGCAUUAGAUGCGAGUCAUGCAGCUGCACCUCAUUAUUCUUCAGCUCGAAUUGGAUCUUCUGCUCAGCCUAGUGAAGACCAUGACAUCGAUGUAACAUCCGAUGAUGAUGACGACAUCAAAGUGAACGUAGACUCCCUAGAAUUGCGUAUAUAUAGGUUUCUUGUGGGAAAUAACCUGGAAACUGUAUUUCCAAACGCUGUUAUUGUGUUUCGCAUUUACCUCAGUAUGAUGAUAUCAAAUUGUUCUGGUGAACGGUCGUUCUCGAAAUUAAAGCUAAUAAAGGAUCAUCUUCGUUCAACCAUGACACAGGAACGACUAAAUAGCCUUGCUCUUCUGAGUAUUGAAAAUGAUGUUCUGCGUAGUAUUGAUAUGUCAUCCCUGAUUAAUGAUUUUGCUCUUAUGAAAUCCCGUAAGCAUAACGUUUAUAAGGCUUAA